AUGGCUCCUCUGGCGUUGAUGGCUACUUUCGUACUUCAUGGUGAAACCCUAGUUCCGGCUCAGCUCAACAUUCGGGCCUGUUCAAUUCGUCCGGCGACGGCGGUUCUCCUGGUGCUGGCGGACAAGUAUUAUUCUCAAUCUUUCCCAAGUUCUAUUGAUGAAAUGUGUGUGGUUCACUGCAGUUUUGAUUUGGAGUCGCAGGAUUUUAGGUUGGGGUGCGAAAAAUGCUUCAUUCAGCUUGAUUUAGUUAGGCAGCAUACUGAUGCUGGUCUAAAGAACAGUGGAAAGCUCGGGUGCUAUUGUAACAUUUACAUUGAAGAAAGCAAGGAUGAUGCAACUGGAAUGAACAGACAAGUUUAUUCAACUUUUUCUCCAAGUACUCAGAAAAAAGGAAAAGGAAUGGCAACAACAAUCAAUAAUGAGCUGAAAGUGAAAUUAACAAGGGAAAUAGUUGAGCAUCUGGCUUUCGAGAAAAAGUACACGUUGAACUUAACACGGCUGGCGAGGCGGAAAAGAUCCAACACAUCACUCGUAAAAGCGAUUUUCGCCUUUACGAGUGAUCUUUGA